UAUGCGGAGCGAUGCAUUCGUGGUCCACUGUUUGUGAGCGACAAGAGUCAAUCGGUACCCAGUAUCAGGAUAAUUUUUAUCGGUGUUAUGGAAUCUCUCCAUUGACGCGAAAGAGACUUCGACUUACACCUCAUAUACCAAUUUCGUAUCGCGACGAUCGCGCGCUUUUUUUUUUCGCUAAUCAUUCGCAUACCUUUGGGAUUAUUAUCGCCUCGUACGCGUCUGAUAAUUUUCAACUAUAUUUACAAUAAUAAUUACUUUCGUCUUAUUCGAAUAUCCAUCGACAUGAAGUCGUACUUCGGUUUGAUUACCAUUUUUUUGCACGUAUUUUUACAAAUUUCCACCAAAUCGAACGCUGCCUCUAUUCCAUCGCGUAACUCGGGAGUUAAUUGGAUAACUGAAGAACUUCAACCGGUUCAAAAUCAUUCAAAUUCGCCAAUUAUUGAUGCUCCCUUGGAAGAUAUGGCCAGGAAAUUGCUUCGUAUUUUGGACGAAAUGUACGGACUGAUUGAUAUUAUGCCGGCCGACGAUCCGAAUAUAAAUAAUGAUGAAGGGUACCAGCCAAGUGUUCCACAUGUCGCCAAUGGUAAAAAUAUGACUUCGACGCAGAAGAAUGAUUUAAAUAAACAGCGUUACUUGGAUUACUAUAAACAAAGAAUAAUACAGUUCACUGGGGUAAUUCCAUCAUCGUCAUCGAAAUCGGUGGAGAAUAAUCUGAGGAAUCAACAACUAGAGCCGUUAAACGAUAUCACCAGGAAGGCAGAGGAAAGACGAGAAUUAGCUGUAUUUUCAGACAGUCCUCGAAUGAUAAGCUUAUACCCAACAUGUAACAAUUCGAAUAUGGAUGAUCCAUUGGCCACUGCAAUACAUGUGACAUUUGAUUUAAGCAUGUCGAAGCCAUCGCCGGAUAUCUUCAUGAAUGUGACUUCUGCAGUUUUGAAAAUCUAUAAGAAGCCUUUGAGGAGGGACUCUACCGGCUUACCAAUACUUGAACCAAAUAGUAAUGUUACAUUUAUGGCGGUAUAUUACAAAAACGCCCAUAACAAGAAAGAUCCUACCAAAAAAGGAACCAAACUCGGAGAACAAACCUUAGGAGUCGACGAAGAAAGAUGGACGGAAUGGGAUAUAAAAAGAGCUGUGUCUGCAUGGUACAAUACGUCAAGAAAUAAUGGGAUUACGAUCAAGGUAGCAGAUGACCAAAUCCGUUUGCCUGCUCGCGAAUUUUUUAACAUCCCGAUAAACUGUUCUUAUAUAACCGAAUGGCCUAGGCUGAUUCCAGAAGUAAUUAGAAACGGUUCGUAUGCCGGCAUUUCGACCAGUCUGCCUUUUUUGGAUAUAACUGUUCAGGAAGUACCUAAGAAAGAAAUUAAGUUUACUGAAAAAGAACAAGAGUUUUUGAGCGGAGUUGAUGCAUUGAAGCAGAAAGUAAACGGAGAUUAUCAUUCUACGAACUCGAGCACGGAGCACAGGAUAAGACAUCAUAAAAAGAAUAAGGAUAAAGAUACGAGCAAAGAAACGGAUGUUAGUGCGUAAGAGUAAAGGAGUAUGAAAAAUUUACAUCGCAGCUUGUAGUAUAAUGUUAUGUAGAAAAAUUGUUCGAUAAUUGUUAAGUAACUUCUAAGCGUUAAAAUUUAAUUAUUACUUCAAACACAGCAUUGGUUUUUAUUUUGCAUUUUCCUCCUUUUUGAUAAUAAUUUACAAAUUUACUGCUUUAAAAAAAAUACGACAUUUUGUCAAGAGUAGAACAUAACGUUAAACAUUGAUCGCAAGUUUUUUUUUUUUAAUAUCGCACACGAAGCAUUGGUAUUUCGAAUAUUUUAAGAGAGCAAUUAAGGUAAUAUAGUUCCUAUUAGAUGAUAUUCCACUUUUGUCUACAUCUUGCACAAAUACAAAUAAGUGUAAGCCUACCUUCGGGUGAAUUAUUCAUUUUUUGUAUUUAUCACAUAAGCAAUCUCAACAAUGAUUCGUCUUCGUAUCGCAGCAUGUUUGGAAAAGAUAUAUGUAUUUAAUCGCUGAAGAAACGUAUCGUAGUUCCUAUUGACUUGUAAUUUUCAUGUAAAUUUAAGAAAAUAUUUUAAAUUUGUUACGCGCACAGCGAUUGUUAUAAUUUACGAGUUUUUAAACCUAGUUUGUCUUUGUACAUAUUGUGGAAGUAUUUAGUUUUUAGAUACAAUUGUAAAAACAUAAUUACAAAUAAAUUUAAAAGUACA